AGAGAUAAGGGUGACUGUCAAGACUGAGCCAGGUGACCAUGGAGAGUCUGAUGGAGCCACGCUCCACAACAGUCAGGACACGACACUCCACAACAGUCGGAGAUUUACACUGCACAACAGUUCACAACACUGCACUGUUAGUGUAGGGUCGUGAUUAUGAAAGCCAGACCAAUGAGAUAGUAUUCAGCCAAUACAGCAGCAAAACAAGAAGUCAUGCCAAACUUUAUGAAUCGGCUGUACUACACCAUGGCAAAUCCAAGAUUUGAGCCUCUCAUUGAGUUUGUGCACAGUAAUGAGAGAGACUCGUCAGCUAGGAACUGGAAUGGGAGAUCUAAGAUCAGAGACAGACACACCCCAUUGUGUGGGGAGGAUGUGCGUGGCUUUUAUGAAGCUGUCAUUUCUGAGACGACUCCUCAUGUUCCAAAAACCUCUUCACAGCAGACCAAGAGAACAAAAAUAUGUGAUUCAAAAGCUAAACAAACAAAUACUGUGAAUCGAUCUGUAGCAAAUUGUGUUUCUUGGGAGAAAUCUGAUGACAAAUGUAAUGUUAGCGAUGCACAUUCAGUCUCAAAUGUUCAACACAUGUCCGUCUCAAGCAUCUCGAGAGAUAGUGACAUGAAGAUGAGACGGUUAGAGCUGCGGCUGCUGCACAAGAGUCAGGAAGGUGAUGUACGUGGUGUAGAGCAGGCUGCCACAUCCGGGGCUAAUAUCAAUGUUAAGGACCUGUAUGGGUGGACGCCUCUCAUGUGCUCCGCCUAUGCUGGCCACAUGGGUGUGGUUCAGACCCUCCUUGGCCUUGGAGCAGACUGGGGUCUAUGUGAGAGGAAGGGGAGGACAGCCAGGGAUCUGGCUAAUAAGGUUGGUCAUGGUAGUAUUGUGAAGCUCAUUGAUGAUACCAUAGCUGACUUUCAAUCUUCCGAUGAUGGAUCAAGCUCCAACCAACGAGUCACAAAUGAGGAAGGUUUUUUCUGUGAAAUUUGUAAAAGACAUUUUUCUGAAGGGACAGAACGAUCUCACAAAACCUCCACAGUCCAUUUGUUUAACUGUCAACUAAAACCUAAGAAGCCAAGCUACCUCAUCUCAGAGUCCAAUGUUGGAUAUCAGAUGAUGCUGAGAAGUGGCUGGAAUGCAGAUCGGGGUCUGGGACCUCGAGAAGAGGGCCAAAAGUACCCAGUAAAAACUGUGUUGAAGAGGAACCGUGAGGGACUCGGGGGUGAACAAAAGAGCACGCCCAGAGUGACUCACUUCCCACCGCGGGAUGUUCGUGCUGUUGCAACUGUGAAGCCGCGUGGGGAGAGGCGAGAGUCGUUGAGGUCACAGUCCCGUCGAGCCAUCAAGAGGCGGGAACGGAAAGAUAAAGAGUGGGAGAGAAAUUUAAGGCGAUACAUGAACUCUGAUUAAACUACGUAGAUAAAAACCCUCCUUGUCCCACUGUUUCUUCAGUUGUUUCCUCCAUGGUGAGUGAAGUGUAGUGUUUAUUCCUUUAUAAAAUAAUUGUGUAAUCGUCUCUCCUGUAGAGAGUUUACGGGCAAUUCACAGUGGUACACUGAGAAUGGGUUUCACCAAAUGUUGGGAAUUGAAUGGUGGCAUUAUGACAAGCUCCCACAAGAAACCCUUACUAAACACAGAAUAUGUAACAUUGAAAAAUUCAUACAUAGGAUUCAAAACAAAUGUUUUGGUACUGCUGCAUGUUUAGGAACAUAAAACUAACACAGGGAUAUAAAAAGGGAAAUAUCACAUCAACAAAGAGGAGUAUAUCUGUAUUUCUUUUCAUGAGUUGGAUUUGUAUCAUCAUGCAAUCAAUCACCUGGUGCAGCUGCUGAGGAAGAAAAUAUUUAUUUUCCAGAAAAAAAUGUAUGAUGUGGAAUUUUGAUGAUUGACCCAGCUUUGAUCUUUGAUCUUCACAUACUCUUACUUUUUUCAUGUAACUACAUUUUUAAAGGUCAAGUAAAGUUAACAUAGCAACGUUGCAGGAUACAACCAGUUGACUAAAAUUAAAUUUUAAAAGGGAAAUACUGUAAAAUGGAAGAUAAAAACGAGAGGCAAUAUUGUCCCCUAAACGAAAAAUUUCGGCACUAAGGGGAUUCCCCUUACUGGGUUUAAAACGGGUUACCUUGGCUUGACACCCAGCGCCAUUUCAAGAUCGGCAUGGUCCCAAGUUGGCCUGGUGGUUUAUUGAGCGUCUCCUUCUUGUCCAGCACCUAGUGUUACCGGUACAAACUCACCCGAGAGUGGAGAUUGGUAAGACAAUAGGGGAUUAAGGGAGGCAUCUCACAUAUGACACAACUAAUUGGUGAAUAUCUCACAAAAUAUAACAACACAACUGAUUGGUGAACACUAUUCACAUACACUGUACUAAAUGAAUCCUCCUAAAAUGCAUGUCAAUGAGUGAGUGAACGUAAUCAUAAAGGAAUUACAGACAAGAAACAUUUUUCCACUGUGGCAAACGUGCAGGUUGAUUUACAGUCUAUUCCUAAGUCAAACAGGAAUCGGCCCUUGGGUUUUGCCGGAUACAAGUUCAUGACUAAGACCAGACGUGUUCCCAAAGAGGAUGCCCAACCAUCAUUAAAACCAAAGAAGACUUUGUCACAGUUAUAUGUAACAGAGCAGAGGGUCAACGCCAACAAAUCUUCUCUUCUCGAGGGAAGGAAUCCAACUAUGUACACAUUCACUGAGAUUCUGCAGGUUGAGCAAGAUUAUCCUACCAUCAGAAGUAUCGAAACAUAGACUGUUGCCCUUGAGUGAGUGAGUUGGGUUUAACGCCGCUUAACAGUAUUCCCGUUGUAUCGCUGCAUGUCAGCAUAAUGUGGGAGGAAAGCCCGAAGUGGUGCAGGUCU